AAAGCGAGGAAAGCAACUCCAAAAGCGACCACCCCGCCGCCGCAGCCGCUCGCCGGAGCUGGUCCAAGCCGGAACCGAGGAGACAGGAAGAAGCGCGGCCAAGAUGCCGACGAUCACCUGCAACGCGUGCAACGCGGCGUUCGAGGAGGAGGAGGAGCAGCGCCUGCACUACCGCUCCGAGUGGCACCGCUACAACCUCAAGCGCAAGGUGGCUGGAGUUCCUGGUGUCACCGAGGCUCUGUUUGUGGCUAGACAGACUGCUUUAGCAGAGGAGACAAACUCUACCACUACUACUGUCGCUCCAAUGUCUUACAGCUGCACUCUUUGUGGAAAGGGGUACAGGAGCUCUAAAGCUCAUGCCGAGCAUCUUAAGACACGGUCACAUCUCCUGAGAGCUUCUCAGGACCCCAAUGCCUCCACUGCUGCAGUAGUCAAGCCACUUCCUGAGCGAGCUCCUCGUGGCAAAGGCCCCUCUGCAAUGGAAGAAGAUGAAGAUGAGGACGAGGAUGAGGACGAGUGGGUUGAAAUGGACCCAAGUGAGUUGGAGUCUACUUCAAACAUGCAAGUAGAGGAAGACUCCAAGUCAGAUGAUGACAUGGAUGAUCUUGAAGUGUUGGAUCCCUCCUUCUGCUUCAUGUGUGAUCUCAAGCAUGACAACAUAGAGGACUGCAUGAUUCACAUGCAUAAGAAACAUGGCUUUUUCAUACCUGACAGUGAAUACUUGAAAGACCCCAGUGGCCUUCUUACAUAUGUUGGUCUGAAGGUAAAGCGUGAUUUUAUGUGCCCCUACUGCAAUGAGAGAUGCCAGCCAUUUCAAAGUCUCGAGGCCGUCAGGAAGCAUAUGGAUGCAAAAGGUCACUGCAAAUUACGUUAUGGAGAUGGUGGGGAAGAUGAAGAUGGUGAUCUUGAGGACUUCUAUGAUUACAGCAGCAGCUACGUUGAUGUGGAGGGUAAGCAGCUGGUUGCUGCAGACGACGUGGACAACAGCAUUGAACUGGGAGGUGGUGGAUCUGAGCUUGUGAUCACAAACAAGAACGAGAAAGGGACGCGCGUGACUACUCUUGGUUCCCGAGAGUUCAUCCGCUACUACCGCCAGAAGCCACGGCCUUCUGUUGCAGCAGAUCGUGCUCUUGCGCUUUCCCUGGCUUCAAGCUACAAGAGCAUGGGUUUGGUGACGGUUCAGUCCAAGCAGCAGAUGGUGAGGCUGAAGGUGCUCCGAGCAAUGAACAGGGGCGGGGUGGAGACGAUGAGAUCCAAGAUGGGAAUGAAGAGCAACGUGAUCAGAAAUCUCCCCAACAACGUCCCGUAUUAGUCGAUGGCACUUCUUGUACGAGCAAAGUCCUCUUACCUCCAGCGUCGCCUUCAAGGCCAUGGGUGUGUUUUGUCUACCUGCCUGUCAUGGCAGAGAGCUUACAGUAUUUACAACGUUGGAGUCUUUUGUUGAGUCUUGUGGCUGCCACACUUCUGUUUACAGUGUUCAGUCAAGUUGAACCUAUGAUAAGUACUACGGGAAGACUAGAUUGUAUCGAGCAUACGGAGUUUUCAGAAACCAUGGUACCAUAUGCGUUGUUGGAUA